GCCUCUUCCAUGAACCCUCAUCCCGGCGGGAGGGAUGGUGCUACUGUCCCCUGCGCCUUUUUUGCCUUUUAAAAUCGGUUCUAAAUUCAGUUUUCCUGAAACUUGUCUCUCCCCCCCCACCCCUCUCUUGGCUGGCCGGGGAUUAUUUUACCAAGGGUAUAAGAUGAGAUCCGUAUCAUCAGCCGCGAGGGAAAAGCGCUCUGUACGUGGUCAGAGGCGUCCUUGGUCUCUCGUUCGAGGCAGAAUAUACUGAUUCCUCUUGGUUGAAAGCAGAAGGUAUGAGCUUGGAGAUUACAUCUGGCUGCAUCUCCAAGUGGCAUCUAAUGCUAUCUUCAUAGAAUGAUGUUCUUGCUGUUACAGAAGAAUGAUUUUGUUUGGUAGAGCCUCACAAGUGGUCCCAGAAAGAGCUGUCCAAUAUUUGAUGUUUUCUCUCUAAUGAUCUGCGAGGUAGCCUGCUUCUCACUACAGCGGCUGACAAAUAGACCCUGAUAAAAGAAUGGAGAUAAUCAAGACAGCACACCUGCUCAGCACAGCAAGCACUGUCGACAAAUCCUGAGAAAUGCAAACACACUGGCUCUAGCAUAUGAACCUGUGUGUAGAUUCAGGCACACGUAUGCAGAUGGUAGAAGGUCACACUGCGCUGGUGCCAUGUCGUCUUUUGGAAAGCUUACAGAGUACUUCAGCCUAAGGAAGUCGAGGAAUGAAUUUCGAUCAGAUCGGCGGAGUAGCAGGAGGAGUGGCAGCUAUUGCUGUAGUAUCACCGAAUGCAGGUCAUUAGACAGAAAGCCACAGAGACCUGUACUAGGAAAGUCAAGGACUCUUCCCAGCAUUCCUCAGUCCCCAAUCAUAAACCGCGUUCCACUUCUAGAUUCAAAAUUGUACAAGAAAGAUAUGCCAGAACAGAAGCAUUACAGAAAUCACUCUGCCCCUGACUGUCAAAAAGGAUGUACAGUGCCCUCUACAGGAGAAGCAUGGCAGCUGGAAGAUGAUUGUGCCGAAUCUGUGAGGGAACCUGCCCUUCAGCCAAGGCUGUGCACUGCCAUGGACGAGGCGCCUUUCAGAUCCUUGAGAACUCGGUCCUUCUACAUGAGGAAGAGCCUUUCAGUGGACAACCACUUAAGUGCCCUCAGCUAUUCUAUCCACCCCACAGAAACCAAGACAGAGCGGGUCAAAACUAAACUUCGAAGGCAAUUUAGCCUUGGAUCAGCAGACAAGAAGGACUUGUAUCCAUCAAAGUCUGAGGGCAGCCUUUCUAAGUUCACACACCGGUUAUCAAUUAAACAGAAGCAGGAGAAGAGAAGGAAAGCUGAGUAUGCCUCGGCUGAGCUGUCUGCCUUCCGUCCCAGGUCUCUGAGCAUUGAAUGGUCUUCCUCACCUAAAAUGACACAGCAAAUGAGAGACCCGCAGCUAGCCCAGUCUAGGAAGCAACCAGGACCCUCAUCUCCAAAUGCUGCUAAGAGGCUCUACCGGAACCUUUCUGGGAAAUUCAGAGUUAACUACAUGUCAUUUGAUGAAGGGAGCAUAGCAGGGAGGAGUGAAAAGGAUAAGCUCCGCAAAUCCUAUCCCUUUCAAGGCAAUGCUGCACUCUUUGAGGCUGUUGAGCUGCAGGACCUUGAUAAGGUGCAGGAGCUGCUCAAGCAGUUUAGCCUAGAGGAGCUGGAUCUUAACACCCCAAACAGUGAGGGUCUUCUGCCACUGGAUAUUGCCAUCAUGACCAACAAUGCACCCAUCGCCAAGACACUGCUGCUGGCUGGAGCCAAAGAAAGCCCUCACUUUGUGAGCCUAGAGAGUCGGUCUUUGCACUUGUCAACACUGGUCCAGGAGGCAGAGCAGCGUGUCAAUGACCUUACUGCGCAGGUGGUGAAUGAGCUACCCAGUGCAGAUGGCUCAGAAAAAGAGAAACAGUUAAAAGCAUGGGAAUGGCGUUAUCGGCUAUACAAGCGCAUGAAUGCUGGAUUUGAGCAUGCUCGGGUUCCAGAUCCACCCAUGAAUGUUCACCUUUCAGUGGCCAGCAGCACUUCUGUGGAUGUUUCCUUCCAGGAGCCCCUAAGUGUCAAUUCAGCCAUUGUCACCAAAUAUAAAGUCGAAUGGAGCUGCUCCCCCACCUUCUCCCCACCGCUGGGUGAAGUGGUGAUCAACAAGCUGAAAAACCUACAUAUCACCAUCCAAGGUCUCCUCUCGGGUACAGCUUACUAUGUCCAAGUAUCUGCCUACAACAUGAAGGGAUGGGGACCUCCGCAAACUUCAAUACCACCCUUUGCUAUUCCAUCAAACUGGAGAGAAUAUGAUGGGCGGGCACCAAGGCGAAGAGGUCAAGCUGAAGCUUUGGACCAUCUUCUAAGCCAGGUGAAGAUGGUACACCAACAAUGUGUGUGUCACGAACCCUGUAAGAAUCAGCCACAGAGCAGAAAACACUCUGUCUCCAAGAGUCUGAAGUAUCUCUUCCACCCUGGCAGCAAAUUCUUAAAAACACUGAAAAGGGGCCUGUAUCUGGCAUCAAUAUUCUACAAGGAUGACAACAUAUUGGUCACGCAUGAGGAUCAGAUCCCUGUGGUCGAGAUAGAUGACACCUAUUCUUGCCUGCUCAUGCAGGACUUUCUCUGGUUCACUAAGGUAUCGUGCAUGUGGGAUGAAAUCCUGUGGCUGCGUCAGUGUGUCACUGUCUCCCAAUCAUCAUGUUCCUGCAUUCUGCAAACACGUCUCAAGAUGCUUCUGGCCAUCUCACAGAUGCAGGGUCUGCUGGGAAUUCAGGAUCUGGGACAUGUCUUUUUUGAGCCCAUCAAAGACAAGCAGGGCAAUAUUUUAGUUGUGACCCUAAAGGAGGUGAAGACAAACCAGACCUUUGAAAGUGUCCACUGGGUCCCCCUCUCAAAGCUGCAGACAAGCCGCAAGUCCAUCUCAUCUCCAGAAGAGCCUACAGCUCUGGAUGUGCUGCUGAUGACCAUGCAGGACAAGCUGGUUUACCACCAGCGAAGCAGCCAGGCUCUCCCCCCAGGUCUCUAUUUGGGUUACCUGAAGCUCUGUAGUGCUGUUGACCAGAUCCGAGUGUUGGUGCCUGAACGUUUACCCAACAUAUUAUGUCAUGUGAAGAUACGAAGCAACCCAAACAUCUCCAGGGAGGAAUGGGAGUGGCUGCAACACCAAGCCAGUGCGGAGGAGUCAAUUCCCACAGAGCAAAAUCUCGAGACCACCCAGAAUCUCUUCCUUCAGGAGCUUCAAGUGGCAAUCAAAGAGCUGAUGCAAUUGGUCAAUAUCCCACUGCAUGAGGCCAAAGAUUUUCGCCUGUACAGUCAAGAAGUUCUGGACUUCGGAGGACAGGUCUCAUUUCUCCUCCUUCUGCCUCCCUCCGAGGAUGUGUGUACUGCCCCUGGCCAGAACAAUCCUUACACACCUCGGUCUGGCUUUCUCACACUUCCACUUCAGAUCUUUGAGCUAGUUCAUUUUUUCACUUAUGACCACGAGUUCAUUAGUCAGUAUUGCCAAGUGUCUGCCCUCUUGGAGCUGGAGUCACUUCUCUCUCAACAGAGCCUCAGAGAGGCCUUCUCAGACUCAGAAUUAACUACUGCCAAGCAGAGGCAUCAACAAGUUCAGGACUAUAUACAGCAAAUGGAGGAGAUUUGGCGAGAAAUGCGCUGGAUGAUGGAUGCAUUGCAGCAUGCCCGGUACAAGCAACCUUCUGGUGGCAUCCCACUCACAUGGUUUCUUGAAGAAUCUAGCAUUGUACUAAAGGAGAAAACACGAUCAACCUCUUCCCAUUUGGACUUCCUUCCCUCACCUACCCCUUCUCCUGAAAUGAGCCGCAAGUUCAACUCUGAUUCACAUGGAAUCUCAGAUGAAGAGGGCUCAUCAGAAGUAUUCUUAGCUACAGACAGUGACUAUGACUCCAGCAGAGCCCAAAGCCCCAGAGAGCUUGACCUUCUUUACCCCUCUUCAGGGCCUGAGUACUGCACUAGAAGAAAUCCACGCCCUUUGAGGGACAGCGCCCCUGACGUCCUGCAGAACCAUGAGCUAAAGACACCCCCUAUUCCUCCAGAGGAGCCUCGGCCUCCCCCAGAGCUUUAUGACAGUGACUUUGUGCUUCCUAGUCGGCAGAUAGAGCUGCUGCGCAUCACAGAGAAGAGGCAGGCCUACUGUGUCCGCACCAGCAGCCUGGAUUUCCCAAAACCCCUUUGCCAUGGGGCCAGAAAGUCUUGCCCUGGCUCUGUUGACAGUUCACCAACUGAAAGCAGAACUGCAGGCCGUUGCAGCCCUGUGAGACUUGGGACAGGCUCAGAAUUCAGCCCCAGGCAUGGCUGUCCUGCAGGGAGCUCUGAGCCUGUCUUUCGGACACGCUCAGUGGAAUGGACUCGGACCUUCCAGGAGGCAGCAGAUCCAGGACAUGUAGCAAACCGGGUCAAGUCAACAGGCUCCUUCGCCUUACGUGUGUGCCCUCAGUACGAAACAGGGCUCUCCAAAGAAACAAGCGUUAAGCUGCACCUCACCAACAAGAUGUCGGCAGAAGAUGUGGUGAAGCUGGUGGUGCAGGAGAUGAACGAGGUCUCACGCGAUGUCCUGGGAAAUGCAGAUGCUUUCUGCUACAGUGAAGACCAAUUGGAACACUUUGGACUAGUGUUCGUGUCAGAUGAAGUUGAGCAGUGGCUUCCAAAUGACUUCCUGCCCCUCUCGCUCCACAAGGCUUGGCCUGAUGGGAGGUUCUAUGUUCGGAUCAAAGAGACUUCCCCUCUCCUGUUUCAGUAUGGGCCAGCAACAACUGUAUGAGAGGAGGAGGAAUGGAUUGGAUUAGGAAGGAAAAGUGAAGAAUAUCCAACUUCCAGUGAGCAGAAAGCUCAGCACUAAUGCUUCCUUCUUGAAAAGAAACUUUUGUGCCAGACACCACAGGCCAAAAUAGGAGCAUACUGGGCAGUGUGUUGCUCUGUGGUGUGUGUGUGUGUGUGUGUGUGUGUGUGUGUGUGUGUGUGUUGUUUUAACCAAAGACGUCAAGAUUUGUUUGUUAUGACUCCUAAGAUCUGUGGGUGGGGUACAGGAGCCUUUGGGAUAAUGGAAUUAAAUUUGUGAAGACACUUUUUGCAAGGAGAAGAGCCGGUUGGGGAUAAAGAAGCAAUACUUAAUUAUAUUUUUCAUUCUGAAUGUUGAAGGGAGGGAGAGAAUGUGACAUUGAAGGAUUUUGACUGAAGUGGGCCCAGAGUUGGGGCCUGGAGGUGGGAGGAGCACAGGGAGCUCACAAAGACUUCAUGUUUUGUUAUCUGUGUUCUCAUUGUACCUGGAGAAAUAUGAAAUUGCACAUAGUUCUUUGAAAAAUGUAUUUUCAUUUUCUUAAUUCCACCUUAAAUAUACACAGCACAAUUUAUAAAAUAUGUUCAAACUGUGCAGGACUGUAAGGCCCUUUCUACUGUUGGGAGAGACAGACAAGACUUUAAAUCUGGACUAGAACCUUCUCUUAGGGGUAAGAUUAAGCCAACCUUUGAGCUCACCAGAAAAAGGCACUCCCUGCUGCCCCAGGCUGGAUGUGUUGUGGGUCUGGAAGAAGGUUCCUGAGAACUCUGCUUUCUUUAUUUUCAGUCCUAUAGUUUCUCUUUUAUUUUUAAGCAGCUUUGCUUUCCGCUUUCCCCUUUCCUCUACCUAGGCAAGAAUCUAGAAAGGAGCACAAGGAAAGGAUUGUUGCAUAUUAGGUCUAGAGUUAACUCCUCUCAGGAAGCUAUUCACUUGCCUACCUUCCCCUACAGUGUAGGGAAGCAAUGCUUCUUUCUUCCAUCUCCCAGCAAGCAGUUGAAGAUUGUAAAUGAAACACCUAUCAUGUAAGCCAGAUGUUACCCUUCCACAGAAGCAGAAGUAGCACUAGACAUGGGCUACCACUCCCAUAUAUGCACAGUUGGUCUAAAUCCCAUGACUAGUCACACCACACACCCAAGCAGUUGAGAAGCAGGAAAAUACCUCAACAAAGAUCAUUCCUACCUUCCCUCACAGCAGUGCAUAGCCCAUGCAAUUGAGCAUUGACUACAGUACCCUUCCCCACUCUAGAAAAGGUGGUAACAAAGUUUAGUGCCAAAGUCAAGAAGAUCCUCUCUUCCUUCUUUUCCCUUCUGUCCAAUCCUACCAGCUGACAUCUGCCAAGGCACUGAUUCUCUUCUGUCCAAUCCCAUGAGAAAGAAGCAGAGAAUAUCUGAGGAAGAAAUGAUUCUCCCAAGGUUCAUGUGAGCCACUUUGGGUGGAGAAAGUACAAAAAGUCCUGAUCUCUGGACGGCAAGCUUAGAGCACCCCUUUCCACACAAAAAACUUUCCUGCACUGAAGGAAAGAGGCUGCAGAGGGAAAGCAGCUGAUUAAGAGUUAAAUAAUGCUAACAUUCUCCAAUUCUCUGCUGCAGAUCAUGUCUGCCCGGCAGCUGUUCCAUGAAGAUCUAGUGUGAACGUCUUUCUUUCUCUCAACCCCCCUGAGACAUUUGUCUUGCAUGCAGAAGGUCCCAGGUUCAAUCACCAGCAUCUUCAGGUACUGUUAGGAGAGACUCCUGCCUGAAACCUUGGAGAGCUGCUACCAAUCAAUGUGGACAAUGUUUAGCUAGUUGGACCAAUUUUAGGUUUUAAUAUAAUGUAAAAUAAAAUAAUAAUAAUAAUAAUAAUAAUUUAUUAUUUAUACCCCACCCAUCUGGCUGGGCUCCCCCAGCCACUCUAUGGACUGCUUCCCUUCUAGAAGCUUAAGUUCCCAUUCCAUGCCCUCACAAUUUUUUUGACUCCAUCUUAUUCCAGAAUUAAGGUCAAAUUCCAUUUAUAAGAUUGUUCUCCUGUCCUACUAGAGAGUGGGAUAUUCCCAUUCACUGAAAAACACCCUGAGUUAGAUUACAAAGGCUGCACAAGGGGAGGGGGGCAUAAUCAUUUGUAGCACUUUGACAGCUUAAAUCAGCUCUGCAAUCUGAAAGACCUUUUGUUUUACAUUAAAAAGAAGAGAGAGGUACCCAAUCUGAGACCAGGUGUAACUGUCCCUAGGCGAGCUGUUACUCACUUUUUAAUAAAAAAUGACCUGUACACUCAUUCUGAGAAAAAGAGGGUGGGAUGGAUCUAUGAAAACAGGAUCCUUGGCUCAGUAACCCAAGGGGACCUGAUCUCUUUCCUCAGUGUCCAGGCAAAUAUUGCCCAUUUCCCAGAUCUUUCUAAAAUCAUAGCAUUUAGAAAGCUAGCCAGCCAUAUCUUUUGUGAUACUAUAAGCUGUAAGCAACUGAAGCAGAGCAUUUUCCUAAUUUUUCUUUUCCAACUACCACUCAACAUUCUGUAACUACUGAGCAUGUUCUGGCUUCAUCAAGCUACUUGCUUUAGGUUUUUCUCCUUAGUUUUUUGUAAAUGUCUGUAGUUCUGCAAACUACUCAAAAAUUUACAAGUGGGUGCUCUUAUAGCAGCUUUGAUGUCAAUGACAGCCAUACCAUACCAGGUGAAAGGGGUCUCUUGACUUCCUGUUUCCUGCCAAGGGAAGUGGCUGCCUCCCAUGAGAUUAGACCCACAGCAGUGCAAGAAAUUCAGGGUUAAUAUGAGUGUAAUUAGCUCUGUUGACCCCCCCCAGGGUAGGGGGGGACCUGCUGCCCGCAGAUCGUCCAUUAUCUGCCUCACACAACAAGAUGUGGGGCCUGGGACGCUGGGUGAUGCAUGGCACAAACUAGGAACUCUCCAGAGUAAAUCCCACGAGCAGGAGAUACCUGUUUUCUAAAAAUUAAAAAGAUUUGGACAAAAAACAGGUGUGUUCUGGACGGAAAGAGAUAAAAGAAAAAUCUGCUAAACUACACAGUCACUGAAGGUUAAGUUUCGGACUUCAAAAAGGCUCCCAUCUUGGCAUGUUGAUUAAUGAGGUGAGGGGCUGCCGUACUUUUGUAUUUGUUAUAUUUGCUAUUUCAUGAUUUGGUGGACCUUGCCAAGAAAGAAUUAAUUAUCCAAGGAAACGAAAGAAGUGUAAAAUUAAUUGGCUGGAUGGCACCACAGUCCUCAGCGGAGAGCCCUAAUCAAAAUUGGCAGAGUAAAAUCAGAUAUGAAAGUGGCUCAGGCUAAGGAGGGAAAAUGGUGGCGGUAGCAGUUGUGAUGCAGAAAGAAAAAGGAGUCUCCUUUAUCUGAGGGAGGCUGGAGAUACUUUUUAUUUGAACCACAAAAGGGAUGUACUUUGCAAAAGAUGCAUUUGCUUGCAUGGAAUAUUUUAAUAUAUGGUUUGGAGAGUGAUGGUGAAUUCUGGAUGCCUGCCAGCUUUUCUAGGGCCCAGGAAAGCUGGCGUGGUUAUUUCUUGGGGAAACCAGAAACAAUAUUUAUAUAACUGACUGACUGCCAAAUACAUCCCAUGAUACAGUUUGAAACAUCAGCUUAUUAAGAGAUAUCAAAGACAACAUGGCGUCAUUAAUUUUAAUCUUGGAUGGAAGCCCAAAGCCUUUCAGAGCAAGAAAUGGCAGAGAAAGGAGGGGCUAUCAAAAGAGGACUGUGCUUCAAAAUAAUAUGACUGAGAACAACAUGGAAUACAAUUUACCUCCUUAUUAUAGAAAUUAUAGAAAUAUGGAUUCGUCAAACACAGAGAGCCACAUAUCAGCAAUUGGUGGACUGAGAGAUGAGGAUAGUUAAUAUCAGGAUUAGAAAACUGGGAAACAACCAAGAAGAAAGCAGAAAAUAAAUGAAUGACAUUAUCUCUUGAAAUUCAGAACAUGGGAAUCCCCCUUUGAAAUUAUUUUAAUUGGCUGUAUUUUUUGUGUUUUUUAAUGUGGUAAGAUUUGGUCUGUUUUGUUAUUAAUAUGAUUUUUUUUAUUGGAAAAUGAAUAAAAAUUAUUUACAAAAAAAGAGAAAGGGGUCCCUUGAGAACUUCAGUGACAAGUACAGAGCAAUACUUCUCAAAGUUGGGGGCCUCAGCCUUGAUGAUACAAACAUCUUCUUUAUUUUGGAUGUAUCCCACCCUUCCUCCGUGGAACAAAAGGCAGCAUGCAAAGGGUUUGUAGGUGGUCUCUCCUGUCCAGGCCUAGACCUGCUUAGCUUUUGCAAAGUGGCUGCAUCCUAUGACUUCAUCAAGGGCCUUAAGACUAAUUCCAUUUGCCAAAGCAGUUCAUCUUUGGGUGGCAAAUCUUACUGCUGCAGAACAGAAACAUUCAAAACCAUCUAGGAUGAAUGUUAGAUCUCCCUCAUAAUUAUUGUGCUGAUGGAUUCUUCCACAGAUGCUAUGUAACUUGGAACAUAAUGCAAUGCUUCCAAUAUAGUAGAGCACAAGAACUUUAGACUUUAAAAAAGUUCAUUGUUUAUACAUACUCUAACAUGUUUGGCCAGCUAUCCUUUUUGAGGGUUGUAUGGUGUUUGGGCUCCCUUUGAAACUGCUCAAAUUGAGAUAAGGCUAAUACAAAAUCCCUCCGUAUGGCUAAGAAGAUAAGAUUCACACCCAAACAAGUCAUUUCAGGUCUUCAAGCCAUUCUACAAAUCCAAGCAAUCUAAAAGCUUCAUUUUCAAACAUGCCAACAAAGUAAAUAUUCUAUCUGCUCCUAUAAACUAGUCCCAUAUCCCAUGGGGAAGGAAAAUAUAUUACUCUUCUUGCCACCAGUCCCCCCCCCCUCUUGUAACAGAUAGAGGGUGGUCUCUGGCACUUUCUUCCCAGGUGAUUCAAGUCCACAUCAGUUACCUAAGCACCAACAAAAGUCAGGAAGAAGGAUGUCGAAGAGUUUCUCAAAAUCCUCAUGGGUUGUUUCAUUGAAUCUGCUAUCUCGGAGGCAAGAUUAUGUAGAAUACAAAAAUAAAGGUGAACAAACUAUGUCCAGGAGCCAAAGUAAACAUCAACAACUUCUCAAAGCCACGCAGCAACUCACAGACAUUCAAGCCAUAGAACCAGCUCUCCUUUCCCAAACACUUUAGUUAUUCUUAUAGUUUAAGUGAUCUGCUUGAUUUAAACAGACUCAACAAGUUUCUAAUUCUAGUUUGGUUUUGUAAACUAGUACAAUGAAUGAGCUGUCUUGGACCCAGAGGAACCAGAUAUUUCCAUCCACUCAUGAGCCAUUCAACACUCAUACCAAGCAGACUCUGUGGAAUUCUCAACUUCUGGAGAACAUGAUAUUCUGCCAGGUGUAAAAGCAUAGACCAAGUUUCAUGAUGGACUCCGGUAUAAGAUGUUUCUCUUAUUCCAAUAACAGAUUGCAAUGUAGGCUCAUGUCAAAAGUGCUUGGUGCCUGGAUUGACUGGCUUCGGAAUGGAAGUUUCAGGGAUUAUCUCUUGUAAAUCCACCACAUUCUUAUCACCAUGGAUGUGAGCCUCUUUGGUUGAGGAGCUCAACCAAAGAUGGCCCAGAGAACAUGGUUGGAGUAUCAAAUGAGCACCAGCAGCCUGGAACCCAGAACGAUCAAACUGUUGCUGCUGCUGUUCCAACUGCAAAUACAGAUCAGUCCUAUGUCCACACAAUUACUGGGCAAAGAUGUGCAUAAACAUGCAAGAAGGAAUUCAAUCAACACCGUUACACCCAGACUAUAGAAAAUAGACUGAAUGGGAGAAUAGCCUUUCCUCCAGAUUGAAAUACAUGAGAAUUCUUAAUUUAACAGAAGACUGGCUCAGCAAGCAGAACACCCUACAGUCUUUCGGUGUUCCAGCUGAUAGUGAUGUCAGUGAUGAACCUCUUCACAAAGUUCAGAAAACAAUCUGCUAGACAUAUUUACAAUCACUGUCCCCUAAUGUGGGAUGCUCCCAUUGCAUUGAUCUAAAAAACCUCAUGCAUUUACUUCUUUCCCACUUCUUCCUCAAUUUAGCAAGUUUGGAUCUGACACAGUAAAGUAAUCCUGGGGAACUUUCUUUUGGUAUUGGAGACCUUGGUUUUCAGCAUUAGCCCUUCUGUCAAUAAGCAGAGACUGGAAGUUGCAAGCAAGUCAGGCCUUCUGUUGCAAGGGCUGGCAUUUCACCUGCAGCCAAAUCUGUUACCAAUUAGCAGCCUAGACAUUGUGGAACAGGCAUUAAGGGGCAUGAAUUAUUUGAGUAAUUUCCUCUGCUCUCUUUUCUUUUGCAAGGGAUUCCACCAAUAGAAAUACUAUUGAGAUACAGUACUUUGAAAGUCUUCAACUGCAUUACCAGGAAGAGCUUUCACCUGGAAAAAGGGCAAAGCAAAUUAUGUUCUGAAGUUUCUUCACAAACUUCUAAAGAAAGGACUCAGUACAAAUACCUUUAAGGGACAGGUCUUAGUCCUGAGUGAAGUCCUGAGAAUUUUCAUCCUCACAUACAUAGGUUUCCUUAAGUAAUCCUUCACCGGUAUAUGGAUAUCCUACUUGGAACUUCAACUACACACUCAUGAUUUGAUCAGUCCUCUCCAAGUUUUCACCUAGUGUUCCCCUGGAGGGGAUUCUUUUAAGAUAGUUUUUUCCAUCACUUUUGCUUGGAGAAUCUCAGAGCCUGGGCUCACUGUCCACAAAUAAGGAUUUCUGUAUUGUUCAUAUGGAUAGGACUAUAUGUCGAAGGGCAAUUAACGUUUUCAUAGAAAUUAGCUUUGCCUAAACCUUGCCCCCCAUCAUGGUCCAUUCUGGAGAAAACUUAUCAGAAGGACAUUUCUAUUCAGUCUGGAAAGCUAUUGGGAAGGAGGAUCUUUUCAUAUCCUUCCGGUAGUCCUUCCUGAGUGAUUCAAUAGUCAUUGGUACUUUGUCUAGAUUGCUUGAUGCCAUUAUUGGAGCUUUGAAGGCCCUGGGAAAAAUUAUACCAUCUCAAAUUACUUCUCAUUUCAUGAGGAGCACCACCUGCUGUAGUAUUUGGGGGCAAUCCCCCUUGGAAGUGAUUUGCAGAACUGCAGGCUGAUCAUUGGUUCACAUGUUUACCAGACAUUAUAAAGAGGGUCUUUGUCCUCAGCUGCUGCUGCUGCUGACUUUGGACAAAAUGUUCUGCAGAGGGUGCUAAUUUCAUGAAGUAUGCCGGAAACAAACUAUAAGUCCACUCAGAGGAGAUUACAGCUUUUCUGCAUCUCGGAUAGAGAGGCAUGUCUCUGUAUUCCUGAGGGGGAGAGAGAGAGAAAUUACUUACUAUAAACUCUCAUUCUUCUAAAAGUAGGGAGGCUGAUCUACCUACCUAGGAUUGAGCUUCUGGCAAUGAUGUAUUCAAAAGCACAUAAGGGGAAACUACAAAUGUCCAUAUAGAGUUGCCCUGUCUCUUUAUUCUUCAGUUCUCUUUGUUUGGUUUUGCAUGGUUGUGGUAAUACUUUCCCCCUAAGUCUCCAUAUUUGUUCUUGAUGGGGGAGAGCAGGGAACUCCUUCCCUUAGUGAGAUCAAAGGUUGAACCUGUCUUCCUACCAGGAGUAGGUGCUAUCCCAGAUAUAGAGACAAGUCUCUGCACUUGUAUAUGAGCAGAAAUCUGUGGUAAGUACAAUGUUCCCUUUCAUUUUAAAAGAAAAAAAAGAAAAAGAAAAAAAGAAAUCAGACAUGCGAAAUUUGACUUUGCUGUCAUAGGUGUGCUUCAAGGCAUUGGUUGUGACAACACUUUAGUUCUUAACUUUUCCUUUCCUCUCCUUUGUUGGUGUUUUGUUACUAUGACUGUGAUUGGCUGAUCUUGUACAUCCAAUAGCAUGAUGUUUUGUUGGCUGCUAAGCCUCUUUGUUAGCUGCAACUAUUAUCAAAACUGUGGUCUGUAGUAAACAUGGCUGUGCUGCUGAGAGUGAUCCCAUCUUUCCUUCUUGUGCCAUGAUGCUGUUUUCAUGAAUGUCUUCAAACGAUGUCACAGAGAUAAUUCUGAAGUGUAAGUUAUGAAGGAUGUUGUUGCUUUCCUAGAAAAAUAAUGCCUGUCCAUGCACAAGCAUGGAAAUAGGGUUGUUAGUCUGUUGUAUUUAAAUCUGCAAGGAACAGAUCAUGGACAGAGAGCUGGAUCCUCUUUUGCAGUGCUGGAAUUCAGAGCAGAAAAAAACAGCCAGUAGGCCUUGAGCAGAAGGAUGAGGAAAUGAAACCAAUCAUAAUCAUACAGGGAAACUGACAAGUCUCCUUUCUUCCAAGCACGAUUAAAGUUUUUAUAAAAAUGAGCUCAGCCCGCAACUGGAGCUUGUGUAUAUGUGUGUGUAUAUAAAUAACAUUGAUCCUAUCCCCUUUAA